UCCGUCCCAAAGAAACUGCAGCGGCGAUGGCAGUGCCUCAGCUCGGCAGCAGCCUGCUGGCGGCAGCCGCCCUGCUACUGUCCGCUGGCCUCCCCGCAGCGGGAGCGCCGCACCGCCACCCCGCGACGAGGGCCGAGGUCCUGCCGCAAAACAAAUAUACACAGACACCCUCCCCUGGAUUGCUCCUGGGCCUCCGGGGAGGGCGGCGGUGCACACAUCACCACUGAGAGCCAGCGAUUCUGCGCACAGGGAGGUGCAUGCAACAGUCGUCGGAGGGUGUCUGUGUGUGCAUGUCGUUCGUGGCGCAGAGGUCGCCACGGACGCGGGGGGCCAGAACUCCCUGCUGGCGCAGCCGCCGGGGCCUGCCCGCUCGGCCGCGCGGCACCCGGUCAUGCGCGCGGAGGCGGCCGAGGCCAGCCUGGCGGAGCAGAGCCGGGCGCCGGCGAAGGAGGAAGAGGAGGAGGAUGAGGAGGAGGAGGAGGCCCCCGAGGAGGCUUCGGAGGAGGCCGCCGCGGAGGCCCCAGAGGAGGACACCGUGGAUGACGACGAGCCCGAUCCUACCCCCACACCAGCCGCUAAGCAUGCAGCCGCGAAGCAUGCGGCCGCUAAGAAGGCCGCCAAGGCGAAGGCCGCCAAGGCGAAGGUCGCUGAGGAGAAGGCGAAGCAUGCGGCCGCUAAGAAGGCCGCCAAGGCGAAGGCCGCCAAGGCGAAGGCCGCUGAGGAGAAGGCCGCUGAGGCGAAGGCCGCUGAGGCGAAGGCGGCGAAGAAGCCGGUGACGAGCGACGAUGACGACGAUGACAACUCGAUUGCCCCGGCGCCAUCCGGAAAGCAGGUCAACACCUCAAGUGGCUCUCCUGCCCCUGCGCCCGUGAGUGCGGCGAACUCGAACAACUCGACGAACUCCACGGCUGAUGAUGAGAAAAAGGCGCAGUCCGGCGGGAUUAUCUUUGGUUUCAUUGUCGGCUUCGCCAUCACGGCAGGCAUCGCCUGCGCGAUUUAUUUCUAUUAUGCUUACGACAGUGAGAGCAAAAAAGACCAUCAGCCUCUGGACGACCACGGGUAUUCGGCACUAUCCUACGACUACGACCAGCAGCAUGAAGACCAGUUCGGUAGCCACGAUGGGGUGCCUGAGGAGGGCCCUGCGUUUCGCUGAGCGCGCAGCGUCAGCACCUUGUUGUAUCGCACGACCCGUGAGAGCGUCCUGCGCCGCGGCCCGCCCGGACCCGUCCUCUCCGCGCGCGUCCUGAAGGCCACCGCCAACAAAUGAUCUGUCCGUGAAAACGUCGGCAUCCGUCCCGCCCUCCGCAGCUCUGCGCGGGCUUCGCAAUGCGAUCUUUUUGCUGUGCGUUUCCUCCCUUGUCUCAAGUCGUGCA